AGAAUUCCGGUUUCAGAAAAUGUUAUGCUAGGGUCCAUUCGACUUCCUGUGUGAGAAGUGUUCACCUCCCUUCCCGGGGCACAUCGCAGGAAGCUCUCGACGGCGUCGCUUCAGGGCAGCCCGGCCGCCCUGGCCGCCAUGGGUCGCGGCGGAGGAGCCAGCCGGCAGCAGCGCAGCGGUAGCGUCCAGCUGCGCCUCACGCAGCAGCACCACCACCAGCACCACCAGCAGCCCGCGGCACCGUGCGGCAGGGAGUCGCACCACCGCACCCUCGCCAACGGGCUCGCCCUGCACGCCGACAGGGCCGCCUCCUCGGACGCCCCGGAGGCGAGCCCUCACCAGCAUCAACAUCAACAGCAGCAGCAGCAGCAGAUGAGCGUGCGGCGGCGUGCCAAGAGCCUCGGGGCCCUGCGCGGUCCCGAGCAGCCGUCGUCGUCCUCGCAGCACCACCAGGCGUCGGGCGCGUCCCCGUCGGGCACCGCCACGGUGUCGCUGAUCGAACCCGACGGCGCACCGCUGCUGCCGUUCCUCUUCAGCCGUAUGGUGCAGGACAGGACUGCGCUCUACUCCAGCUACCCAUCCAUCAAGUGUGAUAUCGUCGAAUACUUAUGAGGAACGCUCCUAGCCUUCGCGUCCUCGUCUCGCCAGCUCAAAAUGUGAAAACCAAAGGGCAGGGGGUGGAGGGUCCGGCCCAGCCCCCCCCGUCCACUCGGCAAUAUGCAACGUGCUUCGUGUCUCCGCUCUACGUGUGCCGUGUCCAGGUGGUGGCGGUGAUUCUCAGUCGCCACCGCCGGGCCUCGGGUGAACUUACAGCAGCGGAGGGAUGAUGUCCCCGGGUACGGAGAGGAGUCGUGGAACUGUGCCGCCAUCGCCACCGCCUCCUCUUUGCGGGGAGGCCUGUGUUCUUCGGCUGUGGUGCUGGCUGCAUUGCCGGGCGCCAGAGUGUACAGUAGUGGUCUUAGUGUUUGUAGGGAGUUCUCGCCAACACAGGGCGAAGAACAGGUGCUCAAGGGCGGGAGGUCAUGGCAGGUGAGGAGUAUAUAUGGAGGGGACGCUGCGAUGGGUGGCGAAGUUGAGUGAGGGGGAGUGUCAACAUAAUCUAGUCUGGUGGUGCACGGGAGAAUUGAGGAGAAAUGGCAGGAAUGUUGUAAUCACUGCAGGUUAUAGACGCGUGGAAUUCCUUGAAGUCAAACUUUUAAACAAACGAGAGGCAGGGACGACUGGAAAGUGUUGAGAGGAGGUGCAAAGAUUAAUGGAGCGAUUCCGGAAGAGGCCAUCACCGAGCUUUGUCCAAAGCUUACGACUGCCCUUAGUGAAUGAUUUUUCUGACAGUUGGCCUUACAAGCGGGCUUUUCAAAAGAAGUUGAGAGAGACAGGAGGAGAGGCAAGGACACUUACGGUCCAAAAAUUGUUUAAAAGGCUGACCUAUCUUCUUCCCUUUCCUUGAUUUGUCGCUUUGCUUUUGUGUUGUUAAGUAAGUUCCAUCAUCCUUGCUUUCAUGUAUGCUUACUCCAACUGGUCAUCUGUUGCAUAGCGCUCCUGUCACAAUAGGAUAAGUGUCAGGGUAAUGGCUAGCGACCAAAAAUUCAGUUUUUUGUACUCUGCUACUAGAUCAUCCCGCUUGAAUUUUGCACACAGGGCAAGUUUAAGAACUUUCGGUCCUUGAUGGCCCGCAACAAUCUCACACUGCAGCACGGAAACAAUCAAAAUCAUCAUCACAACGCCACGUGAGUAACGUGACCACUUCACUUAAGAGCACAAAUGCGGUACACUUGCCCUUGUGGUACUGUGUACUGUUCCAUCCGCCUGGCUUCAGCCGCCUUUGAGAGCUGUUCUCGCAAUGCCGUCUUUCUUGCGGGUGGGUCUGGCCCAUGGCAGACAGGACUAUACCUCUUGCUCGCUUUCAACAACAUCAAGAGCACGAAUCAUAAACGCCAUUCUGUUACCGGGGCUCUAAUGCUAUCGUUCCAACGGACGAAUCUGAUAGGGUAAUGCGGUGGACACGUCAUGAGGUAACUUUCCUUUUGUUUCGCUUCAGAAGGGUUGUUCUCCGUCGGGUUAGGUGACGGCAGUUGUUGUCACUGGACAGUGUUCGGGAAUAGACUUGUGGGGAAACAUGCGCUAGAAAUAUCCAUGCAUGUCACAAGAUGCGUGGUGGGUUGAAGGGGUUAAACAGAGUAGCGAUGUGAGAAAUGUAAGGGAUGGUCCCGGGUGAGAAACCUUCGUUACCAGCGUCUGCAGUUGGGUACUGCCGCAGCACACAGUUCUCGAACAAUGGUGUAUGGGUUCUUUCUUUCAAACCCGGCUCUCAUAGUACUGUGCCAGGAGCCGGCACUGUAGCCGUUGUUGCGGCCAUACAUGUACAAGACAUUUGCAAUCAGUGUGUAUAACGUUCGGAAAUGUGUGUACCAAAGCCUCUAAGCUCUUUCCUGUCAGAGUCGUAACGUCCGGUGACCGUUACCCUCGCACCGAUGCCGACGUUAGUUUUUACGAUACUGGGAUUUGUACCUCGUUCUCUCUGUGCAUACAGGUUGGGGCAAAAGACGAAAAAAAAAAGAGUCGAUACGUUAUAGCCCGCAUCAGCGAACGCGUGAUGUGAACCCCCCCGGCAUUGGGCAAGCGUUCCCGCCUCUCCUCCUCACCCAGCCUUACAUCACCUCCU